AAAUGUAGUUUGGAGGGCCUCGGCGGCGGCGGCGUGACGUCACGCGCCCGCCCAUCCUUUUACGACGUCCGCGGGGCGCUUUCCGGCCGACUGACGUGGACGUCAACAGCGAUGGCUGAAGGAGAGGGGCCGCCGCUGCCCUCCUCCUCCUCCUCCUCCUCGCCGCCGCCGCCCCUGUCGUCGUUGUCGUCGUCGUCGUCGGGUCCGAGCGGCGAUAGCUGGGAAAAAGAUCUGGAAGAAGCUCUAGAAGCAGGAGGAUGUGAUCUUGAAACUCUGAGAAGCAUUAUUCAAGGGAGAUCACUACCUGCAGAUCUUAGGGCAAAGGUUUGGAAGAUUGCUCUAAAUGUUGCAGGCAAAGGUGACAGUUUAGCCUCUUGGGAUGGUAAUUUAGAUCUACCUGAACAGACCACAAUUCACAAGGAUUGUCAAGAACUCAUUGACCAGCUUUCAGUGCCAGAGGAGAAGACAUCAGUAAUACUUUUAGAUAUUGAAUCUGUUAUAACUUUUUAUUGUAAAUCGCGUAAUGUUAAAUAUAGUACAUGCCUUGGCUGGAUACAUCUGCUCAAGCCACUGGUGAAUCUUCAUCUUCCUCGCAGUGAUUUAUACAACUGCUUUUAUGCCAUCAUGAAUAAAUACAUUCCCAGGGAUUGUUUCCUGAAAGGGAGACCAUUUCAUCUCUUUCGAUUGCUCAUCCAGUACCAUGAACCUGAACUAUGCUCCUUUCUUGAUACAAAGAAGAUGACUCCAGACUCCUAUGCACUCAACUGGCUUGGAAGCCUUUUUGCAUGUUACUGCUCAGUUGAAGUCACUCAGGCAAUAUGGGAUGGAUACCUACAGCAAGCAGAUCCAUUCUUUAUUUAUUUUCUCAUGUUAAUCAUCCUUGUAAAUGCAAAAGAAGUUAUUUUAGCCCAAGAGUCAGACAGCAAAGAAGAAAUCAUUGAGUUCUUGGAAAAUACCCCAUCCAGUUUGGAUCUAGAAGACAUAGAGGAUCUUUUCUCUCUGGCACAGUAUUAUUACAGCAAAACUCCAGCUUCUUUUAGAAAGGAUAACCUCAGUCUCUUUGGCAGCAGCUUGUUGGGAAUCAAGGAUGAGGAUUCAGAUGUCAGUCAGGCCCUUUGUCUGGCCAUUUCAGUAGCUGAGAUUCUUCAAGCAAAUCAGCAGCAGGGGCUAGGAGUGCGGUUCUUUGUGGUGGAUUGUCGUCCUGCAGAACAGUAUAACGCUGGACAUUUAUCAACUGCUUUUCACCUGGACUCUGAUCUGAUGCUUCAGAAUCCAUCAGAGUUUGCCCAGUCUGUAAAAUCCUUGUUAGAGGCUCAGAAACAGUCUAUUGAAUCUGGUUCUAUUGCUGGUGGGGAACACCUGUGCUUCAUGGGAAGUGGCAGGGAAGAAGAAGACAUGUAUAUGAACAUGGUCCUCGCACACUUUUUGCAGAAAAACAAAGAAUACGUCAGCAUUGCCAGUGGAGGAUUUAUGGCCCUUCAGCAGCAUUUAGCAGACAUCAAUGUGGAUGGACCGGAAAAUGGAUAUGGCCACUGGAUUGCUAGUACCUCAGGGUCAAGGAGCAGCAUAAAUUCAUCUUUCGAUGGUGAUUCUCCUAACGGCUCUGCCGAAGGGAAAGGAAUGAAGUCCCUUGUCAACAAAAUGACCGUUGCUUUGAAGACCAAAUCCGUCAAUGUGAAAGAAAAGGUUAUCAGCUUCAUUGAAAAUACGUCUACUCCCGUGGACAGAAUGUCUUUCAAUCUUCCUUGGCCAGACAGAACAAGCACAGAGCGGCACGUGAGCAGCAGCGAUCGCGUGGGCAAGCCCUACCGAGGGGUGAAGCCUGUGUUUAGUAUUGGGGACGAAGAGGAAUAUGACACAGAUGAAAUCGAUAGCUCCUCAAUAUCAGAUGAUGACCGAAAAGAAGUUGUGAACAUUCAGACUUGGAUCAACAAGCCGGACGUCAAGCAUCAUUUUCCUUGCAACGAAGUGAAAGAAAAUGGGCACAUGUUUCCGAGUCACCUUUUGGUAACUGCCACCCACAUGUACUGUUUGCGGGAGAUCCCAUCGCGGAAGGGGUUGGCUUACAUUCAGUCUCGCCAAGCACUAAACUCUGUAGUAAAAAUCACAUCAAAGAAGAAACACCCCGAGCUAAUCACUUUCAAGUACGGAAACAGCAGUGCUGCCGGAAUAGAAAUCCUGGCAGUCGAAAGGUAUUUGAUCCCAAAUGCGGGAGAUGCUACCAAAGCCAUAAAGCAACAGAUCAUGAAGGUUCUGGAUGCCUUGGAGAGUUAAUAACUAAAGACUGUGACGACUGCGGAAGGUUGAGAAGACCCCCCCUUCCACCCCUCUCCCCCACAGGGAGAUGGGGACACACUUGUCCUGGCAGUACUAACCCAUCAUGACAAUGCUUGAACAACAGGCUUUUUGAGAGGUUAACUGAUUCAAGUCCAUUUCUGGAUAAUUCUUUUUAAAUUUUGUAUUUCCUUUGCAUUUUCAGUUUUGUAAAAGUGACAUACUGGUAUUAUAAAGAUCAGUUUUAAGUGGCUUUAGGGUAGUCCACAUGUACCCUGCUGGAAAUUGGAAUGCAGAACACAAGUUCAGUUUGAGCGGUUAUUUUAAGUGAUUGUGCAGUGAUUGUGUACACACACACACACACACACACGCGCGCGCGCGCGCGCUCAUAGUUCAACCGUGAGAUGUCGGAAGAAACACUUUCAGAACCUUUAUUGCCAAUACACCUGGUUUUACCCAUUGAGAAGUAUCAGAUUGAAAAUAUGACCCAAUUGAGUAAAAGACUUAAUUACUUUGUUAUUAGAAGGGUUGGAAUCCAAGCGGCCAACAAAUGAUUGUGGAGACUCCUGCUGACGUUAAUGCAACCAGACAGAAACCAAAAGCCAGUUGUCUUUUCUCUGCCACCUGGGUGCUUUCACGUCCAGGAGCGGGGACAGAUGAAGGCUUUUGAAAUACCUGAGUGGUACUCAAUACUGAGUUACUGCAGGGCAAUUGCAUGUUAUACAUGUUUAAUAGCCAGAAAGCUCGUAAUAAGUAGGGGAGCGUACAGGACACUCAAUGGAAGCUUUGAGGGACAACAACAGUGACGGGAGUCUUCACUUACCAUUUAUCAAGGAUACGCCGAAAUGCAAUGUGUAGUGAUAAUCUCAUCUAAGGCUGUGGUUCUGUGACGAGACUAACAGUACCUUUUUUUUUUUUAAGUGAAAGUCAAGGAAUGUGAGUGCUGCACUGUGACCUUGCUGACCUUUUUUUUUCAAGUUACUUGUAUUUUGUGCUUUUUUUUCCUUUUGAGAGCUCAAGCGGUUUUUUGUGGGGUUUUUUUUUUUCCAAGAAAAGCCUUUCUCCCCCUUUUAUUGCCCCAAAACUGAAAAGCGCCCCACUGCCUUUCACAGCUCGUGGUUUUAGCCCCGAUGGAGAAGAGGAAGCCCGAAAUAACGGUUUAGGUUUCAGGUGGAUUUUCUUGCGGAAAGUGACUGAUGGGCUUUUCUGGGUUGAAGUCAGUCUGUGGUUCCGGAGCCCGCGGGGUAAAACUGAUGGACUGGGACUGUCAGGGUGGGGAGGAGGGGAAAUAUCUAAACUGAUCUUUGUACCUAUUAGCUCUUAAGUUAUUUCAGUAGGAACGGAGUGAUCACGAGGCACCUUAAUUCCGGAAACGAUUUCAGUGGACUAGGUAACUAAAAAGCGAUGGCCUGGGAAGGUAGAAGACGUUUGCAUGCGGUUGCCCCCGGGGCGGUGCUUGGUGUAUUUAUCGUUCCGCCCAGCUGUUGUAUUUGCCCGUCCCUCUGCCCCUCCACGAGGCUUUGUUUCCGCCGUGGGAUUUUUUUCCUUUUUUCUUUCUUUUCAUAAUGUCGAUGUAAAGAUGUUUGUGUUACCGUUUAUAAAUGACAGUGUAAAUAAAGCAGUACAGUUUGGUCCUAA